GAGAGGUUCUAGGAUGCAUGGCGCGGCACGGCGAUCAUGAGGAGAAGCGCCUUGCGCCGCCCUGGAGCGUCGAGACGGUUGCUCCAGACGCUGGCAGGACCGAAGGCGACGGCGCCGGGGAGAAUGCGAGCGUGGAGUGGAAAUGUCGGUGGCGCCAAGUCGCCCGAGGUCGUGAAAUCGCAUCAGCUGCUCGGGAUUGUGGAGGAUUACGACAUCGAGGAUCUGGAGGAAGCGCUGGGUAACGUUCCAGGGGUUUUUGCGGCUGAAUCCGUGGCCGAUGUGCUGAGGAGCGUCAAGAAUCCCGAUGCCGGAAUGCUCUUCUUCAAAUGGGUGGAACGCGAGCGGUCUUUCAAGCACACGACCUUCACUUGCAACCAGAUGCUUCGCCUCCUGAUGAAGGUAAGGCCCCUCGAGGGCUACUCCUUCUUCCGGGAGAGAUUCAGCGAUCCUUCCAAGCCCAGCAACUCGACUUAUGGUGCGCUGAUCACAGGGUUCUCUCGAGCUGGCAACUCCAAGAUGGUGCUGGAGAUCGCCAACGAGAUGCUGGCGCGGAGAUUCUCCCCCGACGUGAUCACCCACAACACCAUCCUCAAGGCCUACUGCCAGAUCGGCGACUUGGAUCGAGCACUCUCGCAUUUCCGCGGCAAGAUGUGGUGCUCUCCCACGGCCUUCACGUACUGCAUUCUCAUCCAUGGCCUCUGCCAGUGCCAGAGGAUCGAUGAAGCUUACCAGCUCCUGGACGAGAUGAUCCAGAAGGACUGCCACCCCGACGCUGCGGUAUACAAUUGCUUGAUCGCUGGGCUUUGCAAGAUGGGAAAGAUCGACGCUGCCAGAAAUGUGUUGAAGAUGAUGCUGGAGAGAUCGUGCGUUCCGGACGUGAUCACUUACACGUCCUUGAUCGUUGGGUGCUGCCAGACGAAUGCCUUGGACGAAGCAAGGAAGCUCAUGGAGAAGAUGAAGGAGUCGGGCUUGACGCCGGAUACCGUGGCUUACAACGCGCUUUUGAAUGGCCUCUGCAAGCAAAACCAGCUCGAGGAGGUGAGCAAGCUCUUGGAAGAGAUGGUGGAGGCUGGACGGGAGCCGGAUACGUUUAGCUACAACACUGUGGUGGCUUGUCUCUGCGAGUCCGGGAAGUAUGAAGAGGCUGGCAAGAUCCUCGAGAAGAUGAUAGAGAAGAAGUGUGGGCCGGAUGUGGUGACUUACAACAGCCUGAUGGACGGGUUUUGCAAGGUUUCCAAGAUGGACGAGGCUGAGAGGCUGCUGGAAGACAUGGUUGGAAGAAGGUGUGCUCCGACCGUGAUAACUUACACGACGCUCAUCGGCGGAUUCAGCAGAGCGGACAGGCUAGCGGAUGCGUACCGGGUCAUGGAGGACAUGUUUAAGGCGGGGAUCUCCCCCGACUUGGUGACUUACAAUUGCCUCCUCGAUGGGCUCUGCAAGGCCGGGAAGUUGGAGGAGGCGCACGAGCUCUUGGAGGUGAUGGUUGAGAAAGACUGUGCUCCGGACGUGGUGACGUACUCGAUCCUGGUGAACGGGCUGUGUAAGCUGGGGAAGGUGGACGACGCUCGGCUGCUUCUAGAGAUGAUGCUCGAGCGCGGCUGCCAGCCGAACCUGGUGACUUUCAACACUAUGAUCGACGGGUUUUGCAAGGCUGGGAAAGUUGAUGAAGGUCACAAGGUGCUGGAGCUGAUGAAGGAGGUCUCGUGCACCCCGGAUGUUGUGACUUACAGCACUCUCAUCGAUGGUUACUGCAAGGCCAACCGGAUGCAGGACGCGUUUGCCAUCCUUGGGAUCUCUCCGGACAAGGCGAGUUACAGCAGUAUGCUCGAGGGGCUGUGCAGUACAGGGAAAGUGGAGGAAGCGCAGGAGGUUAUGGAUCUGAUGACAAAGCAAGGGUGUCCUCCGACGAGCUCGCACUACGCACUUAUCAUCGGUGGCCUUUGCGACGUGGAGAGAGGAGACGAGGCGCUCAAGAUGCUUCAGGUUAUGAGCGAGAGAGGUUGCGAGCCGAAUCUCUACACGUACAGCAUUCUCAUCAACGGGCUGUGCAAGACGAAAAGAGUGGAGGAUGCCAUCAACGUACUCGACGUGAUGCUCGAGAAAGGAUGCGUUCCGGACGUGGCUACUUACACCAGCUUGAUCGAUGGCUUCUGCAAGAUCAACAAGAUGGAUGCGGCGUAUCAGUGCUUCAAGACGAUGCGAGACAGUGGCUGCGAGCCUGACAAGCUUGCUUACAACAUUCUUAUCUCGGGCUUCUGUCAGUCUGGAAACGUCGAGAAGGCGAUCGAGGUGAUGCAACUGAUGCUGGAGAAGGGUUGCAAUCCGGACGCUGCCACAUACUUCUCGCUGAUGAGAAGCCUGACUACGGAAUAAGCAAGGACAAAUCAUCGUCUUUCGAAAGGGCAAAA